AGAAUAAAAGUCCAAUACGGUUUGGGUUUCCUAGAUUUCUGGGGUUAGGAUAUCCGAAUUCCGAAACAUGGUUGGGUAAGGACUUAUAUUAGGGUUAGGGUUUUCUGUUCUCUAUAUAAGCAGAUAGAUGUUGCUAUAAUCCUCGACUUUUAAUUUGAAGAAGUUUUCUGGUGGAUUCUUAUACUUUCCCAGAUUGUUGUUGUGGGUUUGGUUCAUCAUCUUUCAGAACAAGGACAUGGCGCCAUUCGCGACUUCUGAUGGGAUAGAGGCGAUCAUGAGCUUCGAUGAGAUGGGGUUGAAGGAUGAUGUGCUCCAAGGCAUCUACGAAUAUGGGUACGAAAAGCCCUCCGCCAUCCAGCAACGGGCGGUCAGGCGCAUUAUCGAGGGUUAUGAUGUCAUAGCCCAGUCCCAGUCAGGUACCGGCAAAACCUCCAUGAUUGCCCUUACCGCUUGCCAACUCGUCGACACCUCCUGCCGAGAGGUUCAGGCUUUGAUAUUGUGUCCCACUAGGGAACUGGCGGCACAGACGGAGAAGGUGAUAUUAGCAAUUGGAAAUCACAUGAACAUACAAGCGCAUGCUUGCAUCGGAGGCAAAAGCGUGGCUGAGGAUAUUCGAAAGCUUGAGCACGGAGUUCAUGUGGUGUGUGGAACUCCAGGUAGAGUCCAUGACAUGAUCAAGAGGAGAAGUCUGCGUACUCGAGCCAUUAAAUUACUAUUCCUCGACGAAUCUGAUGAAAUGUUAAGCAGAUCAUUCAAGGAUCAGAUUUACAAUGUCUAUAGAUAUCUUCCACCUGAACUACAAGUCUGCUUAAUUUCCGCUACGCUUCCUCAUGAAAUCCUGGAGAUGACGAGCAAGUUUAUGACGGACCCUGUAAGGAUCCUUGUCAAGCGUGAUGAGUUGACUUUGGAGGGAAUCAAGCAAUUUUUCGUUUCGGUUGAAAGAGAAGAAUGGAAAUUUGAUACGCUGUGCGAUCUCUAUGACACUCUUACAAUUACACAAGCUGUUAUUUUCUGCAACACAAAGCGAAAGGUGGAUUGGCUGACAGAAAAGAUGCGGAGGAGUAAUAACUUUACUGUAUCUUCCAUGCAUGCAGACAUGCCUCAAAAGGAAAGAGAUGUCAUUACCCAAGAGUUUCGUGCAGGAAAUACUCGUGUCCUGAUCACCACUGAUGUUUGGGCUCGGGGCCUCGAUGUUCAGCAGGUUUCCUUGGUUAUCAACUAUGAUCUUCCAAACAAUCGAGAGUUAUACAUUCAUCGGAUUGGUCGUUCUGGUCGUUUUGGGCGCAAGGGUGUGGCCAUAAACUUUGUCAGAACCAAUGAUAUCAAGAUCUUAAGAGACAUCGAGCAGUACUACAGUACCCAGAUUGACGAAAUGCCGAUGAACGUUGGUGAUUUGAUAUGAGAGCUCUGUUGCUGUCCAUCGUCAUCGUCAUAAUUCGAUAUAUUAUAGUUAUAUAUACUUAUGUUAAAUGUAUUACGCCACAUUAAUUCGUUGACAACCGUAUGGGUUUUGAAUUUGAUAUUUCGGAACCUAAGCUACAAUUUUGCGAGGUUCUGAUUAUUGUUUUUGGAUUCACAGUAACAUUUUGAUUUUGAUAUGAUAUUUUGUUAAUUGAGCAAUACAUUGUUUGGCUAUGGCAUAAUUUGGUUGUGGUUACAGUAGAAUUAAAUUUUACUUUAUCUUUUUGUGCAUAAAGUUGUGAUUUUUUGACAAAAGUUUCUUCUUAGGCAUGAAAAUUAAGACCGAUACACCAAUAGCAAAGAAGGCUCGAGAAGGGGUGAUGGAGUUUCUGCUGAUGAAUCAUCCCUUGGAUUGUCCAAUUUGCGAUCAGGGAGGAGAAUGUGAUCUGCAGGAUCAGUCUAUGGCAUUUGGAUCUGAUCGCGGCCGUUUUACUGAGGUGAAGAGAUCCGUAGUUGAUAAGAAUCUUGGUCCUUUGGUGAGGACUGUAAUGACUCGGUGUAUUCAAUGUACAAGGUGUGUCAGAUUUGCAACUGAGGUUGCGGGGGUUCAGGACCUUGGCAUGUUAGGUCGUGGCAGCGGAGAGGAAAUUGGGACUUAUGUCGAAAAACUUAUGACAAG